AUGGUGGACCUGGUCCCGCGGCGGCCGGGCGCGGGGGCGAUGGGGGAUCCGGCCACGAAGAAGCCGGGCACGGCCACGUGCGUGGGCUGCGGGAGCCAGAUCCACGACCAGUUCAUCCUGCGCGUGUCCCCGGACCUGGAGUGGCACGCCGCCUGCCUCAAGUGCGCCGAGUGCAGCCAGUUCCUGGACGAGACGUGCACGUGCUUCGUGCGAGACGGGAAGACCUACUGCAAGCGGGACUACGCCCGGCUCUUCGGCGUCAAGUGCGCGCGCUGCGGCGCGGGCUUCGGCGGCGGCGACCUGGUGAUGCGCGCGCGGGACCGCGUGUACCACGUCGAGUGCUUCCGCUGCUCCGCCUGCGGCCGCCAGCUGCUGCCCGGCGACGAGUUCUCGCUGCGGGAGCGCGAGCUGCUGUGCCGGGCGGACCACGGGCUCCGGCUGGAGCGCGCCGGGCCCGGCAGCCCCCCGCGGAGCCCCGGGCCGCUCCCCGCGCGGGGCGCGCCGCUGCCAGAGCCGGGGUCCGGCCGGCCGCCCGCGCUGCGCCCGCACAAGCCGGCGGCGGCGGAGAAGACGACCCGCGUGCGGACGGUGCUGAACGAGAAGCAGCUGCACACGCUGCGGACCUGCUACGCCGCCAACCCGCGGCCCGACGCGCUCAUGAAGGAGCAGCUGGUGGAGAUGACGGGCCUGAGCCCGCGCGUCAUCCGCGUCUGGUUCCAGAACAAGCGCUGCAAGGACAAGAAGAAGUCGCUGCUCCUGAAGCAGCUGCAGCAGCAGCAGCAGCUUGGCGACAAGACGAGCCUGCAGGGCCUGACCGGGACCCCGCUGGUGGCCGGCAGCCCCAUCCGCCACGACGGCGCUCUGCAGGGCAGCGCGGUGGAGGUGCAGACCUACCAGCCGCCCUGGAAGACGCUGGGCGAGUUUGCGCUGCAGAGCGACCUGGACCAGCCGGCCUUCCAGCAGCUGGUCUCCUUCUCCGAGUCCGGCUCCCUGGGCAACUCCUCCGGCAGCGGCAGCGACGUGACCUCGCUGUCCUCGCAGCUCCCCGACACGCCCAACAGCAUGGUGCCCAGCCCCGUGGAGACGUGA